UCGGCUCGCGCGGGCGUUGGGCGCGCGGUUGUAGCUCGCUGGCGGCGGGAGAAGUGGCACUCGAGCCAAGGAACGUGCAACAGCACUCGCGUGGUCAUGGAGGCGCUGCCGCCGCCGCUACCCGCGACGACUUCGGCCCCUAGCCGGAGCCGAAAGCUACUGCUGCUGCCGCUGCUGCUGUUCCUGCUGCAGGCUGAAGCUCUGCAGGGUUUGGAGGCGGAGGAGAGGCCCCGAACCCGCGAAGAGGAGUGCCACUUCUAUGCAGGUGGACAAGUGUACCCAGGGGAGGCGUCCCGGGUUUCGGUCGCCGACCACUCCCUGCACCUCAGCAAAGCCAAGAUUUCCAAGCCAGCACCUUAUUGGGAAGGAACAGCUGUGAUAAAUGGAGAAUUUAAGGAGCUCAAGUUAACUGAUUAUCAUGGCAAAUACCUGGUUUUUUUCUUCUACCCACUUGAUUUCACUUUUGUGUGUCCAACUGAAAUCAUCGCCUUUGGUGAUAGAAUUGAGGAAUUCAGAUCGAUAAACACUGAAGUGAUAGCAUGCUCUGUCGAUUCACAGUUUACCCAUUUGGCCUGGAUUAAUACCCCUCGAAGACAAGGAGGACUUGGGCCAAUAAGGAUUCCACUUCUUUCGGAUUUGAACCAUCAGAUCUCAAAGGACUAUGGCGUAUAUCUGGAAGACUCGGGCCACACUCUUAGAGGUCUCUUCAUUAUUGAUGACAAAGGAAUCCUAAGACAGAUUACUCUGAAUGACCUUCCUGUGGGUAGAUCUGUGGAUGAGACACUACGUUUGGUUCAAGCAUUCCAGUAUACCGACAAACAUGGAGAAGUCUGCCCUGCUGGUUGGAAACCUGGUAGUGAAACAGUAAGUCAAAUUGAUUUUUCUAUUAAGGGGAUGGCUGGGGCCAAAAAAAAAAAAAUGCCAACCUUAGGAUAAUCUUUCCUUACAAUAGAACGGCCUUGAUUUUGUAAGUGAAGUAAACAUUGCUAGGCAGAAUUCCGUAAGAGUACAGGCAUCCUUUGGACUGUAGGGAGAGUGGCUGAAACUGGGAAAGAAGAACAUGGGACUUGAUGCUGUGAAUUUCAAAACCAAGUAUCCAGAGAAAUAUACCAUUAAAAAAGCAGGGGGAGCAGUAGCGACUUGGUAAAUUCAGGGCAAAGAAAACAAUCACAAGCAAAACCUUUCAAUGUAUAUUAAAAGCUUUUGAGGAAAUCUGGCUUGACAAUGAAGCUAAUGAUUCCCUCCUUGUCAUUUGAAGGAAGAGUAGACUGAAACAAGUCCAUUUUUUCAUUUAGGGAGGCUAUAUGAUUUAUAGACAAUCUCUAAAGUAGUCCCUGGCCAAAAUACAAUUUGGAAGCUUGCCUCUACCUUUUUAAAGAACAUAUUUAUCUUCUAAAAAAUGAAAGUUUUAUACAUAAUGUAGUUAAGAAAUUGAAAAAUACUAGCACAUUGGAGGAAGAAAUCAUUAUCUUAGGAUAAAAGAAAAAUGUAGACUUAUAAAACUUUCUUCCUUAGAAAACCAAAAAAAAAAAGGUAUCAUUAGCCACAGACAAUGAGAGGUAGAAAUUUACUCUGUAACCUCGCCCAGAUUAGGUAAACUAACAUUGUACUGGUUUUGAACCAGUUUUUGAUGGGUUUGCAAAAACAGCUUUGCCUUUGAGGGUCAAAGCUGAUGUUUUAAUACAAACUCACUCACCUCUACGUGGAUCUGAUGGAUCUCAAAGGGAAUUUGAAGUUAGGCACUAAAGGGACUUUAAAUUAUAAAUUAGUCAUUAGGUUAGUUUAUAAUUAUUGAUUGUGAGCCUUGCAGAUAGAAAUAUGAAUAGAAGCUGCAGGCAUCACCCAAGAAGCCUUAAAAAGCAUUUCUGGACAGAUCUUCAAGGUUGGAGGCACUUCCCCCUGGAGGGUACAGCAAAACCAAGAGUGACUGACGAAUAACACCCCUGUCAAUCACAGGCACAUGCUAAGGGAUGAGAGCCCCCAAGAAGUACAGAUUAGCUAGGAUGACAUCACAGGAUGAGUACCUUACAUUUCAGAAAACAUGCUGUCUACUUGAUUAACUUCUGGGGGGCUUAUAAACCCCUGUGAGUACCUAAUGAAAACCAUGGAUUCUCCCCCCAGAAAAAGGCACAUGUAAUAUCACAUACUGUGGGCAUUCCUUUUUUUUAUUCUCAACUUUAUUGAGGUAUAACUGACAAAUAGAAUUGUAUAUAUUUAAAGUGUACAAUAUGAUGAUUUGAUAUAUAUAUAUAUACAUUGUGAAAUGAUUACCACAAUCAGCAUAAUUAACAUCCAUCAUCUCACAUCGUUACCCUUUUUUUGUGUGGGGUGAGAAGGCUUAAGAUCUACUAUUUUAGCAAAUUUCAAGUAUACCAACAGUAUUAACUAUAGUCACCGUGCUGUGCAUCAGCUCCCCAGAAUUUAUUCAUAUGAAAACUGAAGGCUUAUACCCUUUGACCAGCAUCUCCCCAUUUCCCCCAGCCCCUGGCAACCACCAUUCCACUCUGUUUCUAUGGGCAUUCAUUCAACAGACAUUCCUUGAGCAUCUGCUAUAUGGCAACUAUUCAAACUUUGAUGAUAGCCAGAUGGUACUUACUAGUGAAUACCACAGCCAAGAUCCCAGCCCUCGGAGUUACGGCCGAAUUCUAAUUUUAGUUGUGGCAAAUGCUUUUAGAAACAGGUUGAUGGGAGUUGGUGGGACAGUGCCUGGGAUGGGGAUAAAGUAGUCAGGAAAGACUUCUCAGGUGAUAUUUGUGCUGAAACAUGUGAAGAGAGGGAGCCAGUUGUGCAUGGAGCAGUGCAGAAAGCGCAGCACGGGGAGAGGCCCUGAGGCAAGAAGCAUCUUAGCAUGACAGAGGGAGCAGAAGGGGGCCGGCGUGGGAGCGCUAAGCCACAGGGAUGGGGAACGCCAGCGUCCCGGCGCAUUGAGGGUUGGAGUCCCAUGAGUUGACUGAGCAAUGUGGAGUCCCUGGUGACCACAGUGAGAGCAGCUGGUGGUUUGAGGACAGAACCAGGGUAGGAUGAGGAAAAGGAGAUGAAGUAUGAACUGGUUCAAGACCUACAGCUGUGAAGGGAAGAAGGAAAGAAAGUAGCUGGAGAGGAGGAUGUGUGGGAUCAAAGAAGGUUUGGUGGUGGCAUUUCUUUGAAGAUAGAUGAAUUUUUCAUGUCCAUUGCACUGGCCUCCUGAUUUAUCUCCCUGACCUCAGUUUCUCUCCUCUCCAACACAUGUCAUUCUGCAGACCAGAACCUCUUAGUGGCUCUGCAGUUACAAAGUCCAGAUGCUCAGGCACAGCCUUCAAGCUUCUGCAUUCUUUGUUUCCACCGCCUCUCCUGGGUUAUCGUCCCAUGCUGUGUGCGUGCGCGCGCGCGCACACACACACACACACACACACACACACACACACACACACACACAGUGCUCCCACCAAAUCACAUGACUCAUUUUUCCCCAAAAUAAGCCCUACUCUGUCACACUUUUGUGCCUUUGCUUAGGUCUGUCUUUCUGUAGCCUGGAGUACCUUUCCCCUUCCCUGAAUUCUCCAUCUUUCAAGACCAACUUAAAUGCUACUUCCACUCUGAGGCCUUCCCUGAUGCCAUCUCAGCCUCUGUUUAGUCACAUAGCCUGUGUCGUUGCACCAAAAGCAGUUCUGUACACGUACAUCUGCCCCACAUGCUUGUAUGAGCCUCGCAAGGCGGGGACUUCAGUGGUUAUCCUUGGGUCCCCCACUGCGCAGCACACUUGGCACACAGUGGUUAUGCCAUAAGUACUCUUGAAUUGGAAUGCGAGAGAUUAUAAAUUGGCAAAGACAGAAUACUCCUGGAGUGAUGCCUGAAAUCAGGUAACAUUUAUGCUGAAGAAAACGCAUAUAGAACUAUAAGCUGAUUACAAUAGGUUAUUUUUUUAUAUAGGGAUAGAUGUACUUUACCUGUAACUAGCAAGUAACAGUUAAUGUGAGAAAUGUAUUUUAAGUCUAGGAGGUUUCUAAGGCUGUAACGCUCUAGGAGGGAACACUUCUUUUAGAGUAUUUGUCCAUUCAGUAAAUAGUUAUUCAUGUUGUUUUUAGAGUAUUUCUUUUACUUUGCAGUUUGAGAUUAAAAGUUUACAUCCUGGAACUCCAAAAAAUUCCAUUUGAACUCAGUGCCCCCUUUUCAGGUUGUAGCAUACCAUCACUUCAUCAGCAGAUGAUUUUAAAAAUACAUUAACAUCUGUAGCCAUGCUCUCUUAAUAUGUUUGAUUU